AUGAGCCUUAAGCGCCUAUGCAAGCCUCAGGCCUGGAGCAAGGCGCUGUUCACUGGUAACGCGUCAGCUCCCGCGGAGCUGGUGAAAGCGCCUGCAGCUGAAGCGGUGGCAGAGAUGCCACUAAGUACAGGGGAUGCCUCAAGCUCCGCUUCCACUGCUUCCAACAGGUCGCGGAAUAGGACUCGCUAUCGGACCAAAGCCGUGAACUCGGAGGUUGAUGAGAGCCUUUUUGGAGGUGUCAAGCCUGCACCCCAGGGCAGGAGUGACAGCCCCAUCGUGCUGCUCCGUGAUAAGCAUGCUGUCCGGAAAACUCUCACUGCUCUGGGUCUGGACCACAAGCCAGAGACAAUCCAGCUCAUCACCCGAGACAUGGUCCGAGAACUCAUUGUUCCUACAGAGGACCCCUCUGGGGAAUCCGUAAUCAUCAGCCCUGAGGAGUUUGAGCGGAUCAAAUGGGCAUCCCAAGUCCUGACCAAAGAAGAAUUGGAGGCCAAAGAGCAGGCCUUCAAGAAGGAGAAGGAAGCCAUCUUGGAAGCAGUGACAAUCCGCAAGAAGAUCAUGAAGCAGAAAGAAAUGGCCUGGAGCAACAACAAGAAGCUGAGUGACCUGGAGGAGGUGGCCAAGGAGCGGGCCCAGAACCUUCUGCAGAGAGCCAACAAGCUUCGCAUGGAGCAGGAGGAGGAGCUUAAGGACAUGAGCAAGAUUAUUCUGAAUGCCAAGUGCCACGCAAUCCGGGAUGCCCAGAUCCUGGAGAAGCAGCAGAUACGAAAGGAACUGGAAGAGGAGGAGAAGCGGUUGGAUCAGAUGAUGGAAGAAGACCGGCAGAAAUCCCUCCAAAGGCAGAAGGAUCGGGAAAAGAAGAGGAAGGAGGAAAGACUACGGGGAAAACGGCACAUUGUGGAACAGAUAAAAAAGAACGAAGAGGAGCGAUCGCUGCUUGCAGAGCACCGUGAACAGGAGAAGGAGCAGAUGCUGGCCUAUAUGGAGCGGCUCCAGGAGGAGGAUUUGCAGGAUCUGGAGCGGAGGCAUCAGGAGAAGCUGAAGAUGCAAGCGGAAAUCAAACGGAUCAACGAUGAAAACCAGAGACAGAAAGCAGAGCGGCUGGCGCAGGAGAAACUGGCAGACCAAAUGGUGAUGGAAUUCACCAAGAAGAAGAUGGCUCGGGAGGCAGAGUUUGAGGCUGAGCAGGAAAGAAUCCGAAGGGAGAAAGAGAAGGAGAUUGCCCGCCUGAGGGCCAUGCAGGAGAAGGCCCAGGAUUACCGAGCAGAGCAGGAUGCCUUGCGGGCCAAGCGCAACCAGGAGGUUGCGGAUCGAGAAUGGCGCCAAAAGGAAAAAGAAAACGCGCAGAAGAAGAUGGAGACAGAGGAAAAGCUGCGCAAAAGCCGGCUGGAGCAGGUGGCUUUCAAGGAACACACGCUGGCCGUUCAGGUGCAGCGGGACCGAGAUGAGUUCGAGAGGAUCCUUCGGGCUCAGAGAGAGCAGAUCGAGAAGGAGAAGCUGGAGCAGGAGAAAAAGGCCAUGGGGUGCUUACAGCACGCCAACGAGCUCCGACGGCAGGUGCGUGAGAACCAGCAGAAGCAGGUGCAGAACCGGCUCGCUACCUUUGAAGAAGGCCGGCGCCUCAAGGAGGAAGCCCAGAAACGCCGCGAACGCAUUGAGGACAUCAAGAAACAGAAGCUGGAAGAGCUGAGAGCAACUGGCCUUCCCGAGAAAUACUGCAUCGAAGCUGAGCGCAAAGCCAACAUCCUGCCGACCACUUCUGUGAACUGAAGGGGAGCAUCUAUGUAUGGUCUUUGGGAGGGCACACAUUCUGCCGGUA